AUGAGCCACUACAUCCCCGUCAACACCCGCGGCGCGCCGCCCAAGCAAGGCAGGGUCCUCGCAGGCGGCAUCGCCAUCGUCUCCGCCGGCCUCGGGCUCUUCUACCUCAACCUCCACCGGCGGCACAUGAACAAGGAGCGCAACGACCCCGUCUACCCCGGCGCCUGGCCCACCUGGCAAUUCCGCCUCCGCCAAGCCGCCUACAUCCCCGACGCCCCCCUGCACGCCGGCACCAUGACGCUCAAAGCCUCGCGCAUCGAGCCGCGCGCCGCCCCGCUCGCCGCGCCCGCGCAGGAGCACAACGGCGGGCACUCGGUCAUCCCUAAAGAGCGCACCCCGGCCCCGGCGUUCGACGAGAACGGGGAGCGCCUCCAGCUCAAUCCUCGGCGCGCGCACCAGAUCGCGGAGCCCGCGCCGCAGAGGGACAGGGGGGAUGGAAGGCCGUAUACGAAGGCGAGCGAUAUGCAUGAUGUGGGGAUGAGGCGGGGGAAGGACCAUCAGAGGGGGGUGGUGCAUUGACUUUUGGUUACGUUCUAGGGGGCCUGUAGGAUAUGAUGUGGUUGCGUACAAGUGUAUCAUGUAGCAUUGGAGGCAUGUAACUUUAUUAUGUUGUACGAUAUACGAGGGCUGGU